AUGUCAUUAUCUCGCAACGCAAUCUCAUCAAGCCCAUCCUCGCCGCCAUUGCCACCGCCACCCCCAACCCUCCAUGAGCGUGCUCGGAUCACCCGGGCCUGCGAGCGCUGCCGCUCCCGAAAGGUCCGCUGCGAUGGCCAGACUCCUUGCGCCGGCUGCCGACCGCGAAACUUCCCCUGUAUCUAUCGAUCAGCCACAAGACCGAGUCGGAGGAGGAAGUUGUUGGAUGGUCGAUCCGCCAUCUCCUUGCGAUUUUCCAAUGAUCCUGUUCAAUUCAAACGACAUCGCGAAUUACGGGCUGGAAUUGGCGUCUCUAAUGUCGACACCGGUUCUUUCCAAUUCUACGGCCCAUCCUCGCAUUUCUGUUUCAUCCAGCGGAUGUGCCAGCGCAUCGCGCGGUCCCCCAAUGAAACCAUCCUUACCCCGAGCGAUACCGUGCCGGACGGCGUCCGCAAGUGGAACCUGGAGCGCUUUAUGUUCUGCGUGAACGGGUGUCAAGACUCAACCGGACCACAUGCUGCUUACAUCUCUCAGGAGGUAGGAAUGGGCCUGAUAGAUUCGUACUUCGAAAUCCUCCACCCUCAGAUCCCCGUACUCAACUACUCGGAGAUCGUUGACCAAUGGAAAUCCCUAUGGAAGCCCCCAGCGCAACAGAAACCCGACAAGAGGAACGAGGUUCUUUUCAUUGUUCUCGCCAUUGGCGCCCGCGUUACCAUAGCGGCGGGCCAACAGGAGACCUCGUUGCUGGAAGGUUGGGCGGACCAUUUCGCCGCGCAGGCCAAUCGGAGCACUGCCGUCUUGGAGGACCCCAGUCUAUCCUCCACGCAAUUGUUGCUUCUGAAAGCAAUGUAUGCCUACCAGGUUAUGCGGCCGAAUGAUGCCUAUUUGUACCUCGGCCACGCCGCUCGCAAUGCCAUGGUGCUGGGAUUCAAUCGAUUCCAGGUCAUGGACGGGACCAAUGUGACUGUCCAUGCGCUUAAGCGCACCUUCUGGACUGUCUACGCCCACGAACGCAUGAACGCUCUCUAUGCCGGUCGUCCAUCUGCCUUUCGUGACGAGAUGAUCGAUGCUCCAUAUCCGGAAGACCUCCCCUUACCCGCCAUGACCGACACAUCGACAGACAGCAGCGAUGACCAAUACGACCCAAUUCGCCUUUGUGGCUUUAUCCGCGCCAUGGCCGGCGUCGCCCGCGUUGCUGACCUGAUGUUCGUCAAAAUCUACUCCCCUGCCAGCGUCGCCAGCAUGGCACAAAUCGCACUUCUGCCGGCAGCGGUAGCCGAGAUUGAUGGGCUGCUAGGCGCUGUAACGCGCGACCUGCCUCUGUACCUCCAGUUCUUCGACGCAGCCUUACCAAUCGGCUCCGGUUGGCAGGAAGUGCAACGCCUGACACUGGGCAGUAAUUAUUAUCAGACCCAAAUGUUGACGCAUCGUCCGGCCCUGCUCUUCAGGGCCUUCUUCCCCUCACUCGACGAGGCCCAGCGGCGUACAGGCCACACUUUGGAGCUGGAGCACUCUAUUCAGGAGGCCUUGGCCGCCGCAACGAACAUCAUCAAUUUGACUCAUGACGUCUAUUUCCGGCGGUGCCCCCGCGCACGCUUCGACGGGUCUUCGGCUACUAUCAUGGUCGCUGCCGCCGUCACCUUACUGUAUGACGUGCUGGAUCCGACGACGGGCGCGGAGCACGCGCGCGAGGUAUUCGCUACGGUGGAGCGCGCCGUGGAGUGCCUAGAUCAGAUCGAGCAUGUUGGUCCCACCUCGGGUAAAGCCGAGGCGUUGCGAAUGACGACGACGGAUGUCGAGGUCAACCAGGAUUUCAUUGGGACGUUUCCGUGGUUACAGUACAAUCUGCUGGUUCCACCGAACAGCGCCGCCCUGCCAUAUGAGGCGCCACGCUCCGACCCCGGAGCCAUACCUGUCUCCACCCAGGGUCAGGGCAUCUUGUCCUCCGCCCCGGACACCGCCCCACCGCAGGACCCCGCGCUGCACAUUCCAGCCACGAUGCCGAAUUACAUGUCCUACUGGCUGGAAGCGGGGUUUUCCCCGGAGAACAUCCCGAGUUCGCUGUUCUAG